AUGGCGACUGUGGAUCCUCUUUCAGGAGAGACUGAGGAUGAUCCCGCCGUGGACUACCACGACGACGACCCCUCGCACUCAGGCCAGGAUGGCUCCCCCCCGACUCCAAGCUUGGCCAGCCCUUGCCGAUGCAGAAGAGGCGACGAGUUGGCCGAGCAUGCGAUGAAUGCCGUAGAAAGAAAAUCAAGUGCGAUGGGAAACAGCCCUGCACACACUGCACGGUGUACAGCUACGUGUACGUACGAUCAACCGUCCAACCGCCGUCGCAACCCCGCCCCGCAGUAUGUAGAAGCCCUCGAAGCUCGUAUGCACAAGGCAGAGGCCAUUCUCCGAACCCUCCUCCCCGACAUCAACCUUGAUGACCCGCAACUGGACGUGCACGCGGCCGAGCAACGACUCGCAGCCCAAAGAGAGAAGCAGACCCCUCUCCAGGGACCUGGAGCAGGACCUGGAGCAGCGCCCAACCCCUCUGGCCCAACAGAGACAGGCCCGGAGGGCGGAGAAGAAGGAUUACUGGAGACUAUGGUCGAUAACUCGGGUUGCUUGGAUCGCGACGACCAGGGCCAUUGGGACUACCAUGGCCACACGUCAGGGAUGAUCUUCGUACGCCGCCUGCGCAAACAACUGGGCGCUGACGAUAUGCCGAUCACUAGAACAGCGCUCGGUAUGCUCGAGAGCCCCAAGUCCGUCUCGGAUUCGCCCCAGGAUGCCUCACUACCUCCCACCCACGACCUGCCUCCUCGAGUGGUUGCGCGCCGUCUGUGUCACAAUGCGCUGGACGAUGCGUGCUCUUUGAUGCGUUUCGUGCAUGAACCUUCGUUUUUCGCUACUCUCGAGCGCAUCUACGACACCCCGACCGACCAGUUUACAAAUGAGGAGAACACAUUCCUGCCGCUUCUGUAUAUUGUCAUGGCGGUCGGCUGUUUGUUCUCAGAUGACGGCGUCAGCACCUUGGACCUGGCUGGCUAUGAAGGUGCCAUUGGUCAAGGAUUCCAGUUUUUCAAGGCAGGGCGGCAGCUGCUCGAAGUCACUGAUUGUAGAGAUCUGACCACUUUGCAAGCAAUCUGCUUCAUGGUUCUCUUCCUACAAUCUUCGGCUAAGCUGAGCACUUGCUACUCUUACGUGGGUAUUUGCCUCCGCUCGGCCCUACGUUUGGGACUACACCGCAAGGUCACGGCAGACUUCAAUCCGAUCGAGCGAGAGCUGCGAAAGCGCAUCUUCUGGGUGAUUCGCAAAAUGGACGUCUACGUUAGCACGCUCUUGGGUCUCCCUCAAAUGUUGAGUGACGAUGAUAUCGAUCAGGAAUACCCGAUGGAGGUUGAUGCAGAAUACAUUACUGCGGAGGGAAUCACGCAGAUGCCUUCCGACUAUACCCCUCUGAUGGCAGGAUGUAAUGCGCACACGCGCCUUUGCAACGUCAUCUUGAAAGUUGUCAAGUACAUUUAUCCGGUGAAAAAUGCCCGAUACCGCUCGAAAUUCGACCAGCGAUACAUGGUCAGUCACUCCAAGAUUCGUGAAAUUGAGCGCGAUCUUCAAACCUGGAUGGAAGAACUUCCACCAGCCCUGCGACCUGGCACGGAAGUUUCGCCACAGCUGGAACGAAUCCGUCAAUUGCUGCGUAUCAGUUACGCCCACGUCCAAAUGGUCAUGUAUCGUCCAUUCCUACACUACGUUUCUGGCGGGUCACAGGCGCGUGGUGUAGACAAGCGUUCCUACGCCUGCGCCGCAGCUUGCGUGAGCGUGUCUCGAAACAUUGUUCACAUUACGACCGGGAUGCACAAGAGGGGCCUUCUCAAUGGAUCCUUCUGGUUCACGAUGUAUACGACUUAUUUCGCGAUUCUGUCGCUGAUUUUCUUCGUGGUUGAGAACCCCGAUUCACCUACUGCGAAAGAUGGUGUAUUGAAGGAUGCUAUGGAGGGCAAAAACACCUUGGCUGGACUGGCUAAGAAGAGUUUGGCGGCAGACCGGUGUUCCCAGAGUUUGAUCUGCUUGUUCAAAUCUUUGCCGGAGAUGUUGAAGAGUCGUCAGAGCUCUAAACCUCAGGUCAAUCUGAAGCGAUCCGCUCCAUCUAACAUUUCUUCCGAGCCGGGACCUGUCAGCGCUCUACCUGGACAGACUUUACCCCCCCGCUCAAGCACAUUCCCGACCGAGAUGAUGUCUCAAUUGAACACAUCAGACUCGAAUCGUCGACAAAGGAGUUUGGACAAUACCAGAAUUAUGGGUAACAACCAACCCUCGGAUAGUGGCUCCCAGUCUGCCUGGAUGGCGUCAACUCCGGAGCUGCUUACAGAGAGUAUGCAAACACCCGAACCGUUGUCUGCGACAUCUAUGAAUCAUCCGUUUGCCAACCAGGAGCCAUCAAGUCUGGCCUGGUCCCAGCAAUUCAACAACCCGAACAACCUUCCGGAUCUCAUGCCUAUCAUGUUCCCAUCGGACGAUCCUUUCGCGUAUCCCACACAGCCUAUGUCCACUUUGGAGGAUGAUCAUUUCCGUCACGAUCGGACGGGCAUGCAGCUCCCGUUCGACUCAAAACCGCAGCAGCCAACCGGAAUGGCAACAAGCACCCCCAGCGAUCUGUCGGGAGGUGUAUCCACGCCCACUUUUGACGCCUUCAACUUGCCCAGCUUCCCCAUCGGGAACACAUCGGGAGUUAAGUCAUCGAUUCCUAGCCGACUUCAGGCCAACACUCACUCAAUGAACUCCUCGCGGCUCCACUCGCCGCUCCCGCAGAGCCAGACUCCGAGUGAAACUCUGAGCAGCCCGGACUUGGUUUCGAUCCCGAACCAGAACUUCGUGUGGGAAGGAUACAACUUCCAACCUACUAAUGCCAACAUGGGAGCAGAGACGACGAUGCAACAGGAUCGGCCGCUUCCGAAUGGUCUCAACAUCGGGCUUGAUGACAGUACCAUGGCAAUGAGCAUGGACCUGGGGAUCUCCUUUGACGAUCUGUUCGGAAACGACGCUACCUGUCGACCUGGGCCGCGGGCGCCUAAUGAUGAAUGGACGCAAUGGAUGAAUUCCGGCGUCUAA